AUGCCGAAACACGACCCCUCCAAGGCGGCCUACACCGAAUCCCUCGCCACGCACGCCCCCAUAAAAGCCAACCACCUACCCACCCCCAGUCACAAAACUCAAGCCGCUCUUCCUCCACCUCCUCGCACGGUCCCGUCGAACGCGGCUUCGGGUUUGGGGAGGGCGAGGGCGAGGGCGAGGGCGCUGUAUGAUUAUGAAGGCGCCGAGGAGGAAGAUUUGCAGAUCAGCGAGGGGGAAGUGGUUACCGUUGUGGAACAUAGUGAGUCCUUUUCAGGUUCAAAGGUGUUUGCAUAUACUCAAUCAUCUGGUUGCGUUCGGGACAGUCUCGGACGAAUGGUGGAAAUGCCAGGCCGAGGAUGGGAGAAAGGGGAUCGUGCCGAGGGCUUAUUUGGAGGCGCUGUGA